UUCUGUGUCGGUGUAUGGCAAUGCGUUGCAAGCCUUCAUACACAAGAUCAAAAACCUUCUACGUUCUACUAGUUAACACAGUGUCCUACAAUAAAAUUUGUUGGUAGAGUUAAAUUAUACCCUGUCAAUCACUAUGCCUGGGUAUAUUCAAUGUAUGACAGUCGAAACUAACGCCUUAACGUUAAGUUCAAAACAUGAAUUUAUCUUAAGCUACAUAAAACUGUAAUUAGAGACUGUUUUAACAUCUUUCUUCUAUAUUGCAGAAUGACCAUGGUGGACCGUUAGUAACUUGGGUGGGAUCUCACGAAGUUCUUAUUGGCAUAGCUUCUGUAUUCAAAGUAUCUGAGGAAAAUCACUGUAUUGGCCCAUUUUUAUAUACCAGCACUCAAUGCAAUGGAGCCUUUUUAGAUUGCGUGUUGACCAAUAAAGAAUUACCGAGUGCAGAUAAUCCCAGUUUAAGACGUGCAACGAUGGCUCUUUGUGACAGUCCUCCAAGUGAAAGAGGAUAUGACACUGUUGAAAGGCAUAUAUCGUGGAUGUAUCAUCCUUCAGGGCCCGCAGAUAACGAAAGAAAAGCGGCAAGCUUGAAAUAUCCUCCAGGAAAGUCAGAAGGACAUUCGCAAGAUCGUGAAACUGGAAAUAAUUAUGGAGGAUCUAAAAAUAUUGAAAGGCAUUUACCCGAAACAUUUGGAGGAUUACAGCAGACUAAGGAAAAGUAUGGAGUUGAAAAAAUUUCACCCGUGAAAUACGGUGUUAGGCAAGAUAAGUUCGGAGCAGAAAAACAUGGGCCGGAAAGAUAUGAAGCACAAAAGUAUGGACCAGAAAAGUACGGACCAGAAAAAUAUGGUCCCGAAAAGUACGGACCGGAGAAGUACGGACCGGAAAAGUACGGACAGGAAAAUCACGAAUCAGAAAAGUACGGCCCAGAAAAGUACGUGCCAGAAAAGUAUGAAUCAGAAAAGUACGGACCGGAGAAGUACGGACCAGAAAUGUAUGGACCACAAAAAUAUGGACCUUCGAGCCAAGGCCAGAAUCCUUAUAGAGGACAUGAUGCAGGCAGAUUUCAAGUCGAACAUUUUUCAAAUAAUGAUAGAUAUAGAGCUGAACCUGCUCAACAAAUAGAACAAUUUUCUCCGAACGAAAAAUUUGUUGUUCGACCUCAGCGCCCACUUCAUACUUGAAUCGGGGUGGGAUCAUGCAGUUGGAGUCAAUAUUUUCUUUAUAUUUAAUAAAUAAAUAAGUUAUUAUUUGCCAUUUUGACACUUUUAAUAUCAUGAUAUAUUUCCAAAUGAUAUUAUUAUUUUGUUUGGUCAACAACUAUGUGAUUCUUAAAGUAAAACUAACCAUUUAAGGGAGCUUCAAUUAUUUGACAAAGAGCCUUAAAAGGAAUAUUGAAAUAUUAUUUUAAUCCUACAAAUACUCUAGUAAUUGGAUUGCACUCGAUGAAACUUGUUGAAUCUGAGCAGCUCAUUUAAAUAAUAAUGAUGAGACAGUCAACAUAUUAAAAGUUCUAAUCACUCAGAGAAGCUAUUUAAGAUAUUAAUAAUAUUUUUUGGAAUUUAGACACCUCUUAUUUACAACAUUAGUCCUCUAAAAAUA